AUGACGAACCUACAGAAAAACUCCAAUGUGAGGUUGCUUGCAUGUCUCCUCGAUGGAGACGACAUUAUGCAGAGCGAUUAUCGUUUUCUCGUCGAUGGAAGCCUCGUAAAAUACGUUAUCAUGGCGCCGGGCACAUUUCUCUGCGAUCAUGAAGACCGUGCUUUCGAGCCUGUUGUUCUUGGGAAUCUCUUCCCCCACUUCCCUCCCGGAGACUGGAAUAAUGGCCAUGUUGCUCGAGGCCCGGCUACAGGGGAACCUUCAUUCGUUAAGACCGAGAUCGUGCAAUUUCCUGGAGCACAGAACUGUUGGCAUCCACUGAGGUUUAACGAGCUCGAGUUUACUCGACAAGAGCGAUUAAGACAGCGAGUUCACGUUUCGAUGCACCCCGAUGUUGCCUAUGUCGAGGCUGAAACUACAGCUUACGAAUGGCUUCAGAACAGCGAGGUCGUACCCACAUUCCUUGGUCAUGUUACGGAAGGUAAAGAUGGACGUGUAAUCGGAUUUGUUACGGAGUUCAUUGAGGAUACAAGACCGGCAGAGCCAAGGGACAUUGUGGAAUGCGAAAAGGCUCUGAAGAAGCUACAUGAACUCCGUAUCAAGAUGGGUGUUACAAACAAGUUCAAUUUCCUGGUUCGUGAUGGUCACGGUGUGAUGAUAGCUGAUCAAGAGACAGCUAAGCAAACAUGCUCACAGGAUGAGCUCGAUGAGGAGAUGAAGGGUCUCAGAGCAAGUCUCGAGGACACUUUGUUCCUGGGUGGGAAGUAUAUUGUGGAAGAAUAAACGAUCUCGCUUUUCUAUAAAUGUCUCUAUGUAUGCAUGCCUAA